AUCGAUGAUCUCAACUGAAGUUUCCUCUGUCAGCUUCAAGAAGGGACAGAAAAAUAUCGAGAAUGAGCAAACUGUUGUCCAGUUUGAGCUCUGUCGAGGUCCGCAGUGAAAGAAAGCCCGGGAAACUAAACACAGUUUAAGCCCAACAAUGCGCCCCAAACAAAGAAGGCAGUGAUUUGCGGUCUUGGUGGUUUGCUCCGCUAGUCAGGGCUGGGUCCCGUUACAGUUGGGAGUCGGCGGCUCGCCAAGAUGUCUAUGGAAGAGCAGGAAUAUCCUGAGGCGGUACUGGUGACAGAAGCCGGGCCGCAGUGGCUCCAAGCCGAAGUGGAGCGUCUGACCCGGGAGCUUCGCGAAACGACCCAGGAGAAGAUCCAGGCGGCUGAGUAUGGGCUGGCGGUGCUGGAGGAGAAACAGCAGCUCAAGCAGCGAUUUGAUGAGUUGGAGACGGACUACGAGACGGUCCGACAGGAACUGGAUCAGCUGAAGGAGGCCUUUGGACAUGCUUACUCAACCCACAGAAAGGUGGCAGCAGAUGGGGAGAGCAGAGAAGAGUCAUUGAUACUGGAGUCUGCCAGUAAGGAGGCUCUCUACCAGCAGAAGGUCCUGGAGUUACAGAAUGAGCUUCGACAGUCCAAAGCUUCCCUUGCCAGUGCACAAGCUGAAAAUGACCGCCUGUCAUCCAUUGCUCUGGAAAUGAGAGAGAAUUCAGAGCUGGCAGAGCUGCAGCGCAGUCAGCUGCGAGAUGACAUCAGAGAGUACAAGGUUCGGGAGGCUCGACUGCUGCAGGACUACAGCGAGUUGGAGGAGGAGAACAUCUCACUUCAGAAACAAGUGUCUGUGUUGAAACAGAACCAGGUGGAAUUUGAAGGUCUAAAGCAUGAGAUCCGCCGCCUGGAGGAAGACACCCAGUGUCUGCACAGCCAGCUGGAGGAAGCAAUGCGUCUGAGAGAAAUUGCCGAGCGGCAGCUGACGGAAGCUUUAGAGACCAUCAAGACAGAGCGUGAGCAGAAGGCCUCGCUGCGCAAAGAGCUUUCCCACUAUAUGACCAUCGGCGGCUCCGUGUACAGUAGCUCUUUCAAUAUUUCCAUCGAUAACCCCAAACUCCACGAAGACCCUUCAGCCAUCAAUGAACCGGACAAUGAUGAUCUAAUAAGAGGCUUUGAGAACGGCUUGGUUAAAUUGAGCGAAAGUGAUGAAGACAAUAGAACUGCAGUGAACAAGAGAGGAGAGGGCUUCAAACCAGUCCCUAGCUUGGUGGACGACCUGCUGAGUGAGCUCAACAUAUCAGAGAUACAGAAGCUGAAACAACAGCUGGUGCAGGUUGAGAGGGAGAAAGUUGCCCUGAUCAACUCUCUGCAGGAGAGCCAGAAGCAGCUGGAACAGGCCUAUGGGACUGUGUCCGAGCAAAAGGAAACGGUCAACAGGUUGACUGAAAAUCUAAGUGCAAUGAGAAAACUUCAGGCCAGUAAGGAGCGGCAGUCUGCCCUCGACAGUGAGAAAGACAGGGACAGUCAUGACGACGGAGACUACUAUGAACUGGACAUUAACGGACCUGAGAUUCUGCAGUGUAAAUACACCGUUGCAGUGUCUGAAGCUGGAGAACUGAGGCAAGAGCUGAAAACACUAAGGGCGCAAUAUCAGGAGUGUCGAACCCAAUAUGAAGAUGAGCGAGCGCGGCUGGAGAGCGACGUCCAGGACUUGAGGUCAAAGCUGUCGUCCUUGGAGAAAAUUAGCCAAGCAGAUAAAGCGGCGAUGUCACGUCUGGAGAGGGAGCUCCGUCUGGCCAGCGAAGCUGCAGGAGAAUCACUUGGCAGCCUUAAUGUGGCGCAGGAUGAGCUCGUAGCCUUCAGUGAGGAGCUGGCCAAUCUCUACAACCACGUGUGCAUGUGCAACAAUGAAACCCCUAACCGCGUCAUGCUCGACUAUUACAAGGAAGGCAAGGCCAUCGUAAGAAAGGGGCAAGAAGCAAAGGAUCACCAGUCAGUACUUCUCACUAACGGGUUAAUCAGUGAGACUGAAUCUGGAAAGUCCGACUCCAGCAGCGCAGCAGUUACUGCAGCUCCAGCACAUGAGCACCGGCCAGAACCCAUGAACAUCUAUAACCUUGUCGCUAUUAUCAGGGACCAGAUCCGCCACCUGCAGCAAGCGGUGGACCGCACCACAGAGCUGUCACGUCAGAGACUUGCCAACCUGGAGCUGAGCACAGUGGCUGACAAAGACAAAGAAGCGUGCAUGGAGGAGAUUCUCAAACUGAAAUCCCUGCUUAGUACCAAAAGGGAGCAGAUUGCCACUCUCAGAGCUGUUCUCAAGGCCAACAAACAGACAGCUGAGGUUGCUCUUGCCAACCUCAAGAGUAAGUAUGACAGUGAGAAGACCAUGGUGACUGAGACUAUGAUGAAGCUCCGUAAUGAGCUCAAGGCUUUGAAAGAGGACGCAGCUACGUUCUCAUCUCUCCGGGCCAUGUUUGCUACAAGGUGUGAUGAGUAUGUUACACAGCUGGAUGACAUGCAGAGGCAGCUGGCUGCUGCCGAGGAUGAAAAGAAGACGCUGAACUCUUUGUUACGUAUGGCCAUUCAGCAAAAACUCGCAUUAACUCAGCGUCUAGAGGAUUUGGAGUUUGACCAUGAACAAGCGCGCCGCAACAGCGCCACAACAGUGGGAGGCAAGGCCAAAACGAAGGGCAAGGGAGCCUCUUCCAGCCGCAGUUAAACUCAUGAAGUCAAGUGUCCUUAACGAGGUCCGUCAGGUUAUGCAUGUCGGUGGCCAGUUGUCUGCUCUCCUGGUUUCUCCACUCUCAAUCACGGUCCAUAUCAUCAUGUCACUACUAAGAUGAGAAUAUAUCAAACAGUAUUAGCCAAGAGCCUUGUUUUAGAGUGCCAAAACAGCUAUUUAAAAUGGCAUCAAAUUCUAUGAAAACUGCAGAAAAUAACACACCAGCUACCCGGUGCAGUCCAUCAGUCUUCCAAAAUAUGAACCACUAUGAUUACUCGACCGGUGGAAUAGUCACAAUGGGUGUUUUGUGGGUUACUGAAUGCCUGUGUUACCCUGACUUAGCACUUUUUUAUUUUACAUAUUUGCUCCAAGCUUAUUCCACUUUCUAAAAUGAUGCUAACUGUUUCAAGUAUUGUAUAAUGUUUGUACUCUGUGUGCAUGCUUGUCUUCCAACAUACCUUUAACCUUAUUUAUUUCAUAGCAACAAAGUCACAGAUUGCUUUAAAGGCAAAAGCAAGUCUCUGAUUUUGAUGUCCGUUGGCCUUAGAUUUAGUAUUUGACAAAUACUGACAGCCAGAAUUCUUGAUAACCGUGUCUUCUGUCGUGCUGUAUUGUCAUAACUCUAUGAUCCUGCAAAUAUGAAGCUUCAAAUAUGGGAUCUUAACUACAUUGUGUAUCACUAUGUUCCUAACAGAUAAGGCAGAGCGGUUACAAAUUAAAAGUAUGCUCGUUAUGUCUGGAAAAAGAAUAAAAAUGCAAAUCUUAUUUAAGGAUUUAUAAGUUAAGGUCAGAUGUAUAGUAUUCAUAAACUCUAUUCAUGAUAAAGAAUUUUUAAAGUUACUGUUUUAAUACAAUUUUUUGUAAAGCUUUUCAAAUAAGUCUGCAGUGCCAUUGUGUGUUGUUUCUUUAUACAAGUGCCACGUUCAGACAUGACAACAAAAAAGAACCCUAAGUGUUUGUGCUAUAUAAUAAUAUUUUACAUCUUGUUGCUCACAUUAUUGGUCCUAAUUGAUUGCAGUUUUUACUAUAACUGUAAUUGUAUUUAUUUGUCUCAGUUCAUUCAGACUACAGGAUUUGAAAUCCUUUUUAUUUUGUAAGGGAGUGUGCAUUUAGCUGGCAGGUUGAGACUUAAAAAAGUACUGAAAUGGAGAAAAAAAAAAAAACACAAGCAAAAAUCCUAAUUGUAAGAUCCUGUCACUGCUUCCUGUUACAGUAUGUCUGGUGAAGAAAUAAAUCUAACUU